UAGUGUUUAGUCUAUGAAUUUGCCUUUGCUCGAAUUUGCCAAGAAAUUUUCACCACCUAUUUAUAGCUUCUGCUUCUAACAACAAUGUAAAUCCUUGGAUUGGUUUGCAUUAGACCUAAAAUAUCACCUAACAAUAAUUAACAGGGCGAAAUAAAAAUAGGACAGCAUCAGCCAUUAAAAGCCACAUGAAGGAUUGAUUUUAACCAUUUAUUUUCAGCCCUUUUCUAGUGAUGGAUUCUGAAUCUUCACUAGAUGUAGAUUGUGAUUCUGUAUCUUUUCCUAAUAAUCCUAAUGAAUCUGUUGGAUGCCGUCAAUGCUGGAUUGGUUGUUAUGAUGAGCCUUCAGCCAGUGUCAAGCAGUGAAUCUGUAUUAUGAAAACCUGCCCACUGUGCAACUGUCAAAUUAAAUUAUACUUCAUCAAUUUUACUGAAAAAUUUUUGAUGUGCGAAAAUGAUGACUGUGAAUUUCCAUUUGGACAUGAAGACCUUCAGUUUGUGAAACUAGGAAAUGACUAUAAUGGAGAUGAUGACUUAUCUAGUGUAUUCAGUAGGAGCACUAGAGCAUCAUCUGUUGCCUGUAGCUCUGUAGUUUCCAAUAUAGCCUGGGGUGAAAUAGAAAAGAUGAAUAGGAUCUAUGAGUCUGAGGACAGUCAGCUAGAGACAAGGUUAUUGAACAGCUCAGCUGAUCGUGACCAUGUCCUCAUGAAAUCUCAAAAGGACAAAGAAAAUGAUGAAGAAUUGAAGAAGAAUAUCCAGAAUAUAACACAGUUGACAAAAGAGUUGAGAGAGGCAGAGAGUAAUGGCCCUCUCCGGCUACAAAACCAGAAGUGGAUUCAGAAUUUGAUGAGAGUUCAGGAGCUGUCUGGUGUGAAACUAUUGCGAGAAGAAGAAAUAGAAAGGCUUAAGAAGAAAGAGCCGGAGUUGGGUUUAGGAGAGUUGACAAUUGAUUUAGCUUCAAAAGAAGAUGAAAUGUCUUGUAUAAAAAUUAAAAUUGCUAAUAGAACAGAGAAACCCAAGGAACCUGAAAACUGAAUGUCUUUGCAAAAAUAAUUCACUGAGCUCUGUUAAAAAUAGAUAGAGAAAGCAAUUAUGGAUCUUAUCCUUGUUCAUUGAGAACAACAUCAUCACUGAAUAAAGGCAAACUUGCUGAGUUUGAUUUGUCGUCUAUCUGAUAACUGGUUUUGUUUUGAACCAGCAGUCACUAACUUAUUAAAAACAUUUAAGUUGAAAUAACUUGUAUUUGAUUUAGUAUAUUUUUUUAAUUCCAUUGUAUACAGCUUGUAGCCGAAAUAAAUCCAAUAUCCUAAAUACUAUUCACGA